AUGAAGGCUGUCAUGAGAAGAAGAUUUGUCCCCAGCCAUUACCAUAGAGACUUGCACCGAAAAUUGCAAAGUCUGACCCAAGGUUCUAUGAGUGUGGAGGAUUAUUACAAGGAGAUAGAGAUAGUUAUGAUGAGAGCCAAUAUAGAAGAAGACCGUGAAGCCACUAUGGCAAGGUUUAUUGGAGGUUUAAAGAAGGAGAUUGCUGAUGUGGUGGAAUUACAAUAUUAUGUGGAGAUGGAGGAUUUGUUGCACAAAGCAGUUCAGGUGGAAAAGCAAUUGAAGUCCAAAACCUCCUCCAAAUUCUCAUCAUCCUCAAGCACUUCUUGGAAGUCAAAUUGGAAGAAUAAUAAAGCCAUUUCCCAUCCUAAAGAAAAUGUGAAGGCCAAGUCUACUAUGGCAUCCUCUAAAGGUAAAUCUGAAACUAAUUCUUCUUCACGAUCACGUGAUAUAAAAUGUUUCAGAUGCCAAGGAAUUGGGCAUAUUGCUUCUGAGUGUCCAAACAAAAGAGCAAUGAUUUUGCUGGAUAAUGGAGACAUAGAGAGUGUGAGCUCAAGUGAUGAUGAAAUGCCUCUGUUAGAAGAUUGUAGUGAUGUUGAAGUGGCUGAACCCGUGCAUGGAAAUUUGCUUGUUGCUAGGCGUGCUCUUAGCAUACAGCCUAAGGAACAUGAAGAUGCGGAGCAACGUGAUAAAAUUUUCCAUACUAGGUGCCUCAUUAAUGAAAAGGUAUGUAGCAUGGUUAUUGAUAGUGGAAGUUGUACUAAUGUUGCUAGCACCUUGAUGGUCGAGAAACUGAACUUGCCAACCAAAAAGCAUCCUAAUCCAUAUAGACUUCAGUGGCUCAAUGAUUGUGGAGACAUAAGGGUGACUAAGCAGGUUUUGGUAUCAUUUUCCAUUGGAAAAUACAAAGAUGAGGUUCUUUAUGAUGUUGUGCCUAUGCAUGUGGGCCACUUGCUUCUUGGGCGGCCAUGGCAAUCUGAUAGAAAUGUUGAUCAUAAUGGGUACAAAAAUACCUAUACCUUUACCAUGAACAAUCGCACCAUUGUGUUGACACCUCUCAAACCUGCUGAAGCAUAUGCUGAUCAAAUUAGAAUCGCAAAAGAGUGUAAGUUGAGAGAAGAAAAAGAGUUUGCUGAAAUUUUUCCAGAAGAAGUACCACAAGGAUUGCCUCCUUUAAGAGGUAUUGAGCAUCAAAUUGACUUCAUUCCUAGUUGCUCACUUCCAAACAGGCCAGCUUAUAGGACGAGUCCCGAGGAAGCAAAGGAAAUUCAAAAGCAAGUGGAUGAGUUGUUGCAAAAGGGAUUUGUGAGGGAGAGCCUCAGUCCUUGUUCUGUUCCCGUGAUCUUAGUUCCGAAGAAAGAUGGAACAUGGCGCAUGUGUGUUGAUUGCCGAGCCAUAAACAAAAUCACUGUAAAGUAUAGAUAUCCUAUCCCUAGAUUAGAUGAUAUGCUUGAUGAAUUGCAUGGUUCUUGUGUGUUUUCUAAAAUUGAUUUGAAAAGUGGAUACCAUCAAAUUCGCAUGAAGGAAGGUGAUGAAUGGAAAACUGCUUUUAAAACCAAAUAUGGUUUAUAUGAGUGGUUAGUGAUGCCAUUUGGCUUAACUAAUGCACCCAGCACAUUCAUGAGAUUAAUGAACCAUGUUUUGCGUUCUUUCAUUGGGAAAUUUGUUGUAGUCUACUUUGAUGACAUUUUAAUUUACAGCAAAUCCCUAGAUGAACAUGUUGAACAUUUACAUGCUGUGUUUGGUGUUUAA